AUGCCCGCCGAAGCUGAACCUUCCAGCUCCGACACCCCCUCCUUCCUCCUCCCCGCGGGCCCCUCCGUACCCCGCUCCCACUCCUUCCUCCCACUCCGAUCCGGUCCACCUAUCUACUUUCCCUUACCGGCCCCAUACGAUGGGUACUGCCUAACGGAGUAUUUCCAGUCUGAUCUAUCGCCUUCCGCGCCUGUUAUCAAAGGACAAGGGGAGGGCGGAGAGGACGAGGACGUGUCGAUGACCGAGGAGGAGAGAGGGGCGGCCAUGGCGGAGAAUUACGAAGCUCGGCAGAGGAUCAUGGAUGUGGUCGCGCCGGCCGGUAGUCGGGGCUGGGAGUAUCCUAUCAUAAGACGGACAGACGAGAUCAAGGCGAUGAAUACCGAUCCGACCCUCAGACCAGCUAUCCUCGGGACAUUUACGCUCCGGCCCAGCGGUGCUUCCUCAUCCCCCGCCCAAACCAGUUCCGAUACGCCAAGAGCAACAUGGAAGCUGGGCCAUGUCUGGAUAGCGCCUUCAGAGAGACAAAAGGGACUAGCAUCCGUCGUCAUCACAUACAUCCUCCACUCUUGGCUGCUCCGUCUCCCCGGUCCUGCUCCUCGCGUAACGGCUACCACCUCUACAGAUGAUACAGCCGCUACAAAGCUCCUCGCACGUCUCGGCUUCCGGCCAGAUCCAGACGCAGAUAAAGGCGGUGAUGGGCGCAAGGGGGCGGCGUCGUAUAUAUGGGAGCGAUGA